AUAAUGUCUUCCGAGGUCACAUAUAUUUGCAAACGAACUGUGGUUAGCACAAAGCCAGUGCAGCCCGGAAAAUACUACCACCUAUCGGUUCUCGAUCGCCUUAUGGAGAAAAACCACUUGAGGAUCGUUUACUAUUACCGUUCUAAGGGUGGCAGCAAAGCUGGAGAGUUAACCGAGAAGCUAAAAUUGUCUCUGUCAGAAGUGCUUACGUGUUUUCCUAUUAUCACUGGACGCUUAAAGAAGAACCCUGAAGGGCAAUGGAUGAUUAAGUGUAAUGACGCCGGAGUUCGAACGGUGGAGGCUAGAGCUAGAGGAAGCGUGGAUGAUUGGCUAACGAAUUUGAAUAGAGAGAAGGAGCUUAAGCUUGUUCAUUGGGAGGACAUGUUUCAUAAACCUUACUUUUGGUCUACUUUUUAUGUUCAGCUGACCGAAUUUGAAGAAGGUGGACUAGCGAUUGGCUUGAGCUGCUUUCACCUCCUUGCUGAUCCCAUUUGUGCAACCAUGUUCAUCAAGGCCUGGGCUGACACAACCUUGGCCCAAAUCAUGCUCACUCCGCCACAUAUCCACCCUCUUCCUCCACGAAGAAUUGGUAACAUGAAUCCAAACCACAAGCACCACACCGCCUUAAUCAACCAUUACAAAUCCUCGAUUGAAAGAUCAAUUCCAUUCGACACUACAAAGCAUGUUACUGUUACUCUAUCAUUUACAGACCCUAUGGUUCGAGCUUGCAUGGCCCUGGCUCGAACCCCUGGUGCAUUAGACAUGUCAAUCCCAUCACCCUUCGCUGCACUGGCAGGGCUCUUUUGGGUUUGCGUAAGCAGGGUGAAAGGAAUUACAGAAGGGCUCAUAAACAUGUCCAUAUGUUUAGAUAUGAGAAAGGUACUAGGCUUAGAUAAAGGGUUCUUUGGAAACUGCAUGGUUUAUAACAAGGUUCAUGCAGAAUCAUUUGAUAAGAAUGAAUUAUCAGGAGCGGCCGACGCUAUAGGAGAAGUGGUGAGGAAAAUGGACAAUGAAGGAAUCAUGGAUUUGAUAGAGUGGCUGGGACAAAAUGAUAACCAAAUAUCUCCUCCUUCGAUGAACGGUUGUGAUCUUAUUUGUGCUAACCUAGAGGGUUUGGAUUCAUAUUGGACGGUGUUUGUAGAAGGGUUUGCACCGAGUCGAAUCUCUUGUUAUGUUGAACCUGUACUAGGAGAAGGGCAGAUUUUGGUGCUUCCAUCGCCAACAAGAAAAGAAGGUCCAUUGAGCAGAAUUAUCAUGGUUACUCUCACUGAAGAUGAGGUGGUUAAAUUGUGUGAAGAUGAUCUUCUUCUAAGCUUCUCUCCAACUAUAUUAAUGGGGAUAAACAAAAAUUAG